CAUAGAGAAAACAACAAGACUGAUCUUGCUCCCUCCAACCACAGCUGAUGUUGUUGAACUUUGUUCUUCUCUGGCACAGGAGGAGUGAAUACAUUACCCACCGGUUUACACUUCAGCAGAGAGGGAAGACGAGGAGAAGGGAUGAUGCACAAGGGGGAAUCGGCAACGGAACAAACCCAGUGAGGAAGGAAACAAACUUUCCUGGAUUAGAACAAGAUAACUAUAUUGGAGACACCCAGCAGCUGCUGGUAUGUGGAUGGAAACCAAACUGGAAGUGGAAGUCAGCGGGAGUCAUGUCGGAUCCAGUCGGCGUGUGUUGGACGGUCUGAUCACUGGAGACAUGGAGCGCUUGGAUAAGUUCAUGCAGGACAGGGGGUUUGUGCUGCAGCUGCCUGUGUGGGUGCUGAGGGGGGUGAGCAGGGUGAUUCUGGCCAACAACCCGCUGAGCGGGGCUGUCAUCCUGUCUGCUCUGUACUGGGCUUCUCCCUGGCAGGGCCUGCUGGGAACUCUGGGUGUACUGGCCUCAACUCUUACAGCUGUCAUCAUGGGACAGUACAGGUCCGAUGUCUCAGGAGGACUUCAUGGUUUCAAUGGCAUGUUGGUGUCUCUGCUGAUGGGUGUGUUCAGCUCAGCUGGAGACUGGUACUGGUGGCUGCUGCUGCCCGUCUGUCUGGGGUCAGCCACAUGUGUCUUCCUGUCCAGUGGACUCUCCUCCUUCCUGGACCGCUGGGACCUGCCUGCAUCUGUGUUUCCCUUUAACACCGUCAUCCUCCUCUACCUGCUGUGUACUGGAUCAAAUAACCCCUACUUCCCCCACCACCCAGCUGUACCAGGAGCAACAGGCCUCAACAACACAGAGCUUGUUGCUCUACAGGUGAUCCAAGGCAUCCCUCUUGGUGUGGGUCAGAUUUAUGCAUGUGGAGAUCUUGGCCCAUCACUACUCAUCCUGGGGGCCGUGGUUCUUUACUCCCCACUGCUGGCUGUCCACGCUCUGCUGGGAUCGGCAAUCGGAAUAUUAGCUGGGUUAUCAGUGGCGGUGCAUCAUGAGUCACUGUACUCGGGUCUGUCGGGGUUUAACGGAGCUCUGGGCUGCAUGCUGGUUGGAGGACUCUUCUUCACCUUCAGCUGGAGGACUCUUCUCUUUGCUAUUGCUAGCGCUUUCCUCUCUGCGUACGCUGACAUCGCCCUGAAAAACUGGCUGGGAACCGUGGGUCUCCCAGCAUGCAGUUGGGGGGCUACUUCAGUAAGCACGCUCAUGCUGCUGCUCAGUGGCAGUUUGGAGACAUACCGCAUCCCCACUGGUCAAGUCAAGGCUCCUGAACUCAACCUGCGUACUCGCAGCCAAUGGCAAGCCGGAAAAACGGAAGAGAGGAAGAGCACUGACGUGUAGAGACAAGAUGGUUCUUACAUCAUGUUUUGUGUCAUGAACCAUUUUCAAUGUAUUUUUAUUGUAAACCCCAAAAAGUGAAAAAAAGUAAAAUAAAUAAAAAAAACUAUGAAAAACUGUCCUUUCAUAGUUUGUCCACAGGAAUGCAGUGUAGUAGUAGUAAAUGUACUCUGUUAUUGUUAUAUUCAAGUAGUAAUGUUUGUUGGGUGUGUUGA